GAUCUCCUCGUUCGUGAUAUUCGUGACUCUUAAGCACCACAUCGAGUCACCGAACAUUCACUUUAAUUGACUUGACUUGACUCAUCCUUGGUACUUGACUCAUCCUUGGUAGUCGUCUCGCCUCAAUCUGCUGGUCCAGAAAGACAUGCGGUGGCUGUGAGAGCGUUAGGAGCGGGGACUUUCGCUGCUUAGAGCUUAAUCAGCUUGAGUGAGUUUGCCCGCGCCUUCUUUGCGGUAACGGCACAUUACAAUAGCAAACAUCAUGAGUGACUUGGAUAAAGCCAUUGCGCAGCUCAGAGCUUGUCGACCGAUCCCCGAAGCUCAGGUCCGCGAGCUCUGCUACAAGGCACGCGAGCUUCUUAUCGAAGAAGGAAAUGUGGUUUCGGUCGAUGCGCCAGUGACAAUAUGCGGUGAUAUUCAUGGGCAAUUCCAUGAUUUGAUGGAGUUGUUCAGAGUGGGCGGCGACGUACCCGAUACAAACUAUCUUUUCAUGGGUGAUUUCGUAGACAGAGGAUUUUAUUCACUCGAAUCGUUUCUACUAUUGCUUUGUUUGAAAGUCAGAUACCCCGACCGUAUUACGUUGAUCCGAGGAAACCACGAAUCGAGGCAGAUUACAACCGUUUAUGGCUUUUAUGACGAAUGUAUCCGCAAAUACGGGAGUGCGAAUGUAUGGCGCUACUGUUGCGAAGUGUUUGAUUAUCUAGCACUGGGAGCUUUGGUUCUUGGCGCAAGUUCAGAGCUUGAACCGACGACUCGAGUGGAAAACUCACAGAUAGACGGCGAGUUGGAGACGGAGGUGCUAAAUGCGAAUGGCGAAGUUACCUCCAUGUCUUAUCGACCUCGAUAUCGAUCAUCAUCAGACGCUUCAACGGAUACAAGAGAUAUUUCACCUCCCAGGGAUAUAUCUGCUGCCCCCGGUAAUACUCCAUCUAGGGCCGGACCCGCCGGUACAGGAGCAUCGGGCAGCAGCUCGGGGAGCUAUGGUACAACAGCAGGCGCAGUACUCUGUGUCCACGGAGGGUUGUCACCGUUAGUAGACAGCGUUGAUAAGAUUCGUCUCCUUGACCGGAAACAAGAAGUGCCUCACGAAGGUGCCAUGUGCGAUCUUCUAUGGUCUGAUCCGGACGAAAUCGAAGGAUGGGGUUUAAGUCCUCGAGGCGCAGGAUUCCUCUUUGGCGGUGACAUUGUCAAACACUUCAAUCACAAAAAUGAUCUUUCCCUCAUUGCUCGCGCACAUCAACUUGUUAUGGAAGGUUAUAAGGAGAUGUUCGAUGGGGGUAUUGUCACUGUCUGGUCAGCACCAAAUUAUUGUUAUCGAUGCGGUAAUGUCGCGGCUAUAUUGGAGCUUGGGGAAGACGCUAGCAAUGGUGGCACAAUCGCACGUACCAAUGGAGAUAUUGGACGAAGUAAUGGUGUGCUACACAGUGAUAUGGGUAAACAUAUUCUAGGUCCUGGUCGACGGUACAGGGUCUUUGAAGCGGCGGCGCAAGAUACUAGAGGCAUGCCAGCCAAGAAGCCAGUCGCCGAUUAUUUUCUGGCAAGUUACCCCCUACUCUCUCCACAAAUAUUCUAUCCAAUGCUAACUUUAUACGAAAAUCAGUGAUUUAUCUGACGAAAUCCUGCUCCUAUACAUGAUUGCAUUUGAUACAUUCUUGAUUCUAGUGUCAUGAGAUUUUGUUUGGCUUUCGGUUCAUUGCUCUAGAUACGCUCAAAGAUACCUUAUCCUAUGUACUAUUCAUUCUGCAUUGUUUCAAUCAAUAUCCAAAGAGAAAUUUGAUACCUCGUUGAUUACUCAAUAUUCCCAUACGGCUAAAGCUUCUCCCUCAGAUCAUUACUUCCAUUCUAAACAAUAUUUGCCUCAGCAAACACUUUCUUCACGUUCUCACGACGCAAUCUCGUAGCAAUUUGCAAAGGCGUCCUUCCACUGAUAUCUCUCACAUCAGGGUUUGCCCCCGCUUUCAACAAAAUCCUCACAGCGCCAGCGUGUCCCACAUGCGAAGCUUGAUGCAACGCCGUACCACCCCUGGAACCCCUCGCAUUUAGGUCUGCUCCUUGCUGGAUAAGGAGCGUCAAUAGUUUAUCGUUACCUGACGAUGCUGCUGCUACCAGGGGCGUGUAACCUAGUGCAUCACGUUCAUCCACAUUCCCUCCUUGAUCCAAGAAAAGUUUCACCAUCUCCUCAUUUCCUAGAUGGACGGCCAUUUUGAGGACGGGUUGUACCAUGAUAUUUGGCCGGAAGGUAGAUGCUCCUUUCUCAAUAAGCGCUUUGGCAGAUACUAGGUCGUCCUGCUCAACCGCUAUAUGGAGUGGGGUAUACCCUCUGCUAUCUUGUGCAUUGAUAUUGGGUACUCCCUUUUCCAGUAGGGACUUUACGACAUCAUGCUGACCUCUUGCGAUGGCUUCGUGUAGAGGUGUACUAGGUCCCAAGAGACUCAAGCCCGCCAGCUGGAGCAAAGGGUUAGCUGCUUGGGGUGGAGGCUGCUGAAUACCAAUGGCUUCGUUGAUAGUAGUUGUUUUCCAGAUUUGACGUGCCGAGAUGACAGAAAGCAACUCCUUUGCGUAUGCAGCUGCCACGGAGGCUGCAUAUGGUUGCCAGAGACCUGACUUGUGGGAAUCGGUGUAAUCACUUAUACCACGUAUGACCAGGCAGGGAAAUUGGUCCAUUAGACCGGCGGCUUCCAUCUCAAAGCAGAGAAUGCCUGGGUCUUCUUGGGCGAGAAGAUCUCUCAUCCUCGCAUCUCGCAUUAGUUGAUUGCCCGAUGCGAUGAUUCCAUAAUGGACGCGCGGGUCUGUCGUCUUUCGGUCUGGUUGAGGGACCAGUCUCCGCUUAUCACACAUUUUACACGGUCCAUCAUUAUCAUUAUCAACUCCAGUUGAGACAUGUUCGUACUCCCGCUCGAAGAGUUCAUCAAAUUCUUUCCCGGGAUACGAGAACGUCUUCAUGCUAGGAUACUUCUGGGUGAUCUGCGACAGAAAAUUAGGAAUCUGCGUAAACCCCAUCAUAUGAUCAGCCUGCAGCUCCGAUACAGCCGUCAACAAGACCUGCGGGGGUUUGUUCAAUGAUCCAGUUCGUUGAAACAAGCCGUUACCCAGACUCUUUCCAAGGUCAUAUUGCAGGACUCCCCCGGAACUAUUCGUAGGCUUGCUCACGACAACGUCACCGAGUCGAAUGGGAUCAUUCUUGUCACUAUGUCGACCAGGUACACCACCUCCAAUUCCAACCAUGAGUCCGAAUUUGAUGGAUGGGAAUGUAUGCAACAUGCUUGAUGCAACAGUGGCAGCAGAUGUGGUCCCGUGAACACCAGAUGGGAGGCAAGCGAUGGCAAUGUUGUGUCCGUUUAUUGAUCCUAAACAAUACGAAUUAUGGUCAUUGGAUGCUUGGGGUAGUUUGGGGUGAAUCUCGUCUAGCAUGGCUUUGGCUGCCGCCAUCUCGAUGGGGAGAGCACAUAUCCAACCUACCGUGUACUCGGACACGGUCUUUUCGUUGGACAUUUUGUGUAUGUUGGUUUAUAUGAGCAGGGGCAAGUUGACAGC